AUGCAUUCGCGUUCGCUCGGCGAGGCAAGCAUCGGGAUGUGCACCAGUGUGUAUCGUGCUAUACAUGAAAGUCUGCAAAACGAUGAGGCUUUGACUGACAGUGAAAUUGUUCGGGCCAUCAACUCGUUCAAGGACAAAGAGGUUACUCUCGACAGUACUAUGGAAGAUUUGGUCAAGGAUGGCUGGAUUUCUUCUUAUGAACAGGAGCAAGCCUUUACAUAUACUAUUCUGAGGGAACUAAAGAUGGUCUGUAGCAUUGGCCCGUAUGCUAUAGUUGCUGAUGGUGUGCAUACGAAGCAACGAAAGAAGCUCGUGAAGCUGUACUGCGUCCAUAGAGUUCAACUCAAAGUUAGGUUCGGAAUGGAUCAUACGGAUAUCAGAACGCCAACAGGGAAGCCCAUGUACUUUGACUUGGGAGCAAAGUGUGCGUUGCCCAAGUUAUGUGAGGACUUCAAACGGGAAAAGCAUCUGAGGGACCGAGACCACGUCCAAGGGAAAACGUCGAAACCAGCUGAAGCGGUCAAAGUUACAUCAUAG